AUGGCCAUGGACAAGGUAAACACCAUCGUCCACAACGGCGAGAACCCCACCGCGGUGGUGUUUUUCCUGCACGGGUUCGGAGACACGGCGCACGGCUGGGCGAGCACGUUCCGCAGAGUCGCCAAGGACAUGCCACACGUCAAGUUUGUGCUCCCCACCGCCGCUCUUCGUCCGGUGACGAUCAUGAAUGGCCGAGAGGUCCCUGCUUGGUUCGAUAUCGGAGCUGCGAGAGGAAGCGCAGGCCAAGCUGUUGGCCUCGACGAGACCCACGACGCCCUCGAGGCGAUGAUUGAGCAGGAGGUGGAGGCAGGUGUGCCCCGCUCGCGGAUCGUCGUGGGCGGCUUCAGUCAGGGUGGCGCUGUGUCGUACUUCGCAGGCUUCCAAAGCCAGCAGCCGCUGGGAGGCGUUAUGAUUCUGUCCUCAUUCAUCCCUCGCGAGAAGGAUUUCCAGGUCACCUCCGAGACGACGAAAGUCCCCGUGCUCAUUUGCCACGGCGAUGCGGACUCGCGAAUUAGUUACGAAUCGGCUCUGAAGGCAAAGCAGCGUUUGACUGAUGCUGGCGUCAGGGACAUCACAUUCCACACCUACCCGAACAUGGACCACUCGUCGUCCUCCCACGAGAUCGAAGACAUCCGGGAGUGGCUGACUCGCGUCCUGCCAGCAACGACGCCUAAAGAGGAGCUGUGA